CGAGUCACACACUUGGUGUAGAGAAUUUUCAGCAAGUAACACACAAGAGUCAACUGCGACGCUCUCAGUAGCUAAGGAAAAACAUAGUUAUACACAUAUAUAUAUAUGUAUGAAUACAACAGAUCGAAGUACAAUUUAUAUGUUCGUAGGAAAAGUGUCGUCCAUUGCGCUAAUUCGCUUUGGAAAAUUCUGUGCAAAUAAUCGUUAUUAACGCUUAGUGRGCAGCGCACGUGACGUGUUCGAUUUGACGAAAUAAAACGAAGUCUGUGCUUGUUUAAGUCGUGUAUUCUUGUAAAUGACAGUUGAAAAAACGUUUUUGCAUUAAAAUCGGCUAACCAAUUGUGUUGUGUACAUUAAUUAAAACAACAAAAACAAAAGAAAAAACUUUGUGUUAAAAAAUAGUAUUUUUUUUUGGAAUUUUAUGCGCAACUUUGCUURAAGCUAGUGACUUUUGUUAAGCAAAUUUAACAAAAACAAAAACUUUUGGAGAAAUAAAAGAAAAUGACAGUCUCAACUUUGAAUAUGACACCGUACUUUGCUGGAUAYCCCUUUCAAGGACAAGGACGCGUCAACCAGCUCGGCGGCGUCUUCAUCAAUGGGCGCCCGCUACCCAAUCACAUACGUCGUCAAAUUGUGGAAAUGGCCGCUGCCGGCGUAAGGCCGUGCGUCAUCUCACGCCAGUUGCGCGUUUCACAUGGCUGCGUCUCGAAAAUACUGAAUCGCUAUCAGGAAACCGGCUCCAUACGUCCGGGUGUUAUUGGCGGCAGCAAACCGCGCGUCGCCACACCGGAUAUUGAGUCGAAAAUUGAGGAGAUGCGUAAUGCUAAUCCCGGCAUUUUCAGCUGGGAAAUACGCGCUAAGCUCAUUGAGUGCGGUCUAUGCGAUAAGAAUACCGCGCCUUCCGUAAGCUCGAUCAGUCGCUUGCUACGCGGUGGCAAUAGURGCGCACACUCUGAGUCCGGCAGCUCAGCGCAUUCCAUUGAUGGCAUACUCGGCGCUGGCGGUUUAUCGAAUGGCUCGGGCGAUGAGAGUGACGAUGAUGCCGAGCCGGGCGUACAGCUGAAGCGCAAGCAGCGUCGUUCGCGCACCACCUUCUCGAACGAUCAGAUCGAUGCAUUGGAGCGCAUAUUUGCACGCACACAAUACCCCGAUGUGUAUACGCGUGAGGAGUUGGCACAGAGCACCGGCUUGACCGAGGCGCGCGUACAGGUGUGGUUCUCGAAUAGGCGUGCGCGUUUGCGCAAACAAUUGAACACCACACAGCAAGUGUCCAGCUUUGCCGCCAGCACUGCAGGUGGACUCAGCUCGGCUAGUUUUGCUAGCGCCGCCGCCGUUGCUUCACCAUAUCAUCCACAUCAUCAUGCGCAUCACCAUCACCAUGCCGCCGCCGCUGCUGCUGCACACACCAUGUCCGCUUCGGCCGCUGCGCUGUCGCACAAUCACACCCAUCAAAUGGGUCUAUACAGUCAAGCKUGGAAUACAUUUGGCAGUAGCGCUGYCACACAAGCCGCAGCCGUUGCUGCUGCCUCUAAUGUCUUUGAACCGCAUCAGAAUUUUGCUCACUCAAGCGGUUCGGUGGCGUCCAUGUCGCCAACAAGUAGCGCCGCCAGUUCGGCUUCACUGAGUCCAGCGCAUCAGGCAGGCGCUACCGUCAGCAUCAACAACAACAACAACGAUGUCGGCAACACCAAUUACAGCAACAACUCAAGUUACGGCAUGCCGUCGGCCACGACAACCAGCUCAGCUACAUCGACGGCUGUCAAUAGCAGCUCUGCAGCAGCCACCGUCGCAACCAACUCGGCUGCUUAUGCCACAUCCUCCACAGCUUAUGGCUUGGGCACCAGCAGCAACUUCACCACUGCCACCUCGGCUGAGCAGCUACGCUCGCAAUUCGCUUCGGCUGCUGCUUCGGGCUCUCAUCAUCCCGCUAUGUCGUCAUGGGACUCGUACAACUUCCCUGGUUCGUUCUUCUCGUCGGGCGCAAAUCACAUGGGCGGCUAUUCCCAGAGUAUAAGCGAGCACAAGUCGACAGCCAGCGCAGCAACAUAUCCGUAUUUCGGUUUCUAAGUCGAAAAGAAAUGAACAYUGUGUAUUAAAAAAUUGUAGCAAUUUUAUUGUAAGACUGUAGCAUCUGUAAAUCAGUUAAGAACUUAUAUAACUAUUAUAGUGUAGAAACUACGGGACCACUCAUCCAGUUGAAUCGUUAAAUUAUACCUGUGCCUCGACAAUCUGAAUAUAUAUAUGAGGUAUAAGCAUUCUGAAGAGCUCAAGACUGAGUAUUUUUGUUGUAUUUUUUAUAAUUAUUUUGGUCUUUAGUUAUUUCUUAAGAAAAUUAAUAAUUAAGCUAAUUAGAUUUUA